AUGAAGCUCUUCGCCUAUCUUCCCCCGCUCCCGCCGUUUCUGUUCGCGGCCUUGGUCGUCGGCGGUCUCGCCUCCAAGGCCUUGCACAUCGCUCUACAUAUCCACUCUCUUCCGUUCCUCUAUUUCGUCCUUUACGCGCCCACUCUUAUUAUCCCAGACCUGCUCGUUAUUGUCUUUGUGCGGGUACUAUUAUAUUCGCCAUGGCCGGAGACUAAGUUGCAAUGGGUAACGACAUGCUUGGGAGGGUUGCUUUCCCUAAUCGUAUGGGGCGCGUCAUCUAUCCAAUUCGGAUUCUUCAUGCAGACCGGCGCAGAGGUCGCCUGGGCCGCCAGCAAUAGUUUCCUCAGCGAUCCCGCCGCCAUGAAGAUCUUGCUCAGUGGCAUCUCGACUGUCUCCGCCGCUGCGACGGUUCUUGGCCUGGUCGCCUGGCUAGUUCAUGCGAAAAUUUACCACUGGACUGGUCUCGGGUUGCAGGCGAUCCGGGAUUUGUUCAGCGGAAGCUACAGAGCGCGAUAUACGUUACUCGGCGUCCCCAACAAAUCUUGGAUGACGACACUAGAUCUUCGAACCGUGCGCCGUAUCGCCAUAACCGUCUCCAUCUGUUCGUCUUUAUUGUUCCUAGAGCUGACUCGACCAUCGGUCCCGUACGAUCACCUGUCGGGCGCGUUACCGUUGACCUUGUUGGAUGCGUUUACGAAGAAAUCGAGUACCACCGAAGGAUGUCGCCAAGCUCCGAUGAAGUUUCCUCUUUGGACAGAUGUAAAGACCGGAUUCAUGGCCAAUAGCUGGUCGCGUCCCUCCUGGCUUCCACAGAAUCCGCCUCCCGGAUUCAGUCGUUACGAACACACCCCCGACGAGCGCGCCGAGAAGGAUAACCAUUCGUGGUACUUGUGCAACGACAACGAACCGGGCUUUUACAACCCAAGAACUGACCCGCUCAAGAUCUCCAAUCUUGGAGGCGACAUAUACGGACCGUUGAAGGCUGCUUUCGAUGCGCACUCUGUGGAGAUUGACCAUGUCAUCCUGUUGACCCUCGAAAGUGGGCGCAAGGAGCUCUUCCCUAUGCAGCAAGGGACUCCUAUGUUCGAUGCUUUGCUCGAGUCGCAUGCCAAGGAGGAUCGAGAGGAGGCGAUUGAUCGUCUGGUUACAAUGACUCCCGUUUCACAGAUGUUGACGGGCGAGUACGCUACCGAUAGCAAGGGCAACAAGGUUGAUUUGAGUGGUGCGAACUGGCAGGAUUCGGCGAAGGACGGGAUGGGGGGAUUGAACGUUCGUGGAGCGCUCACUGGUAGCUCUUUGACCUUCAAGAGUAUCCUGGGAAGUCACUGUGGUGUGUUCCCACUCCCCGUGGAUCUUCUGGAAGAGACUGGCCUUGAAAUCUACCAGCCGUGUUUACCUCAACUCUUCGAACUCUUUAAUACGGUCAAGAACCCGAGUCCAUCCUCAGAGAUCCUGGAGCGUGAUGAUGCCGCAUCCGAGGCUCUGAAGAACCCUUGGAAAUCCGUCUUCAUGCAGUCCAUUACCGACGACUACGAUCGUCAGGAUGUCUUGAACGAGAAUAUGGGGUUCAAGCACAAGGUUGUCAAGAGCACCCUGACCUCGCGGAAAUCCAAAUAUCGGGCCAAAGGACAGGAGAUCAAUUACUUCGGUUUCGCCGAGACCGAGCUCAAGCCUUAUGUCCGUGAUCUCUUUGAAGAAGCCGCCAACAACAAGACUCGCAUGUUCCUCUCCCACGUCACCAGCACCACCCACCAUCCCUGGAAUACCCCCGACGAUUUUGCGAUCGAGCAUUACAUGGGCAGCCAGGGCAGCAUCAACCACAAUCUGAUGAACAACUACUUGAACUCAGCCCGUUUCGUGGACAACUGGCUUGGCGAUAUUAUGACCAUGCUCGACGAAGCCGGUAUCGCCAACUCGACGUUGGUUGUCGUCGUUGGCGACCAUGGUCAGGCUUUCGGCGAGGAUAACAAGGAUAUGACCGGUACCUAUGAAAACGGACAUAUCAGCAACUACCGUGUCCCACUCGUCUUCAGACACCCGCACAUGCCUCGUAUCAACAUCGACGCCAACGCAACCUCCAUCUCUAUCAUCCCAACCAUCCUCGACCUUCUCGUCCAGUCGCACUCCCUGGACGCUCGCGACUCCGAGAUGGCCUCAUCCCUGCUGCCCGACUAUCAAGGCCAAUCUCUCAUCCGUCCUUUCGUCCCUUACAUCAAAGAGGGCCACGACACACCGAGCGAAACCUCCAACGAGAUCGACGCUCGCUCCCGACACAAGACCCAGCCAAAGGGACACAAGACCCAGCCAAAGGAGGGCCACCGCACCCGGUAUAACUGGAAUUUUGGCAUCGUCAAUGCUGGCGGCUCCAUGGUCUCAAUCACCGCUGCUGGAUCACCCUACCGACUUGUUCUGCCUCUUAAGGAGGGCUUCGAGUACGUCUUCAGCGACUUGAACCAAGAUCCUGGAGAGCUGCAUCUCCGCAAGUCAUGGACAAUGAAAAAACUCGUUGAUGAUGUUCUGUCCAAGCAUGGCGAGGCGGCUGCUGAGUGGCUCGAAGACGCGGAGCAGGUUGGGAAGUGGUGGGUAAACGAGCAAAGGCGCAUUUGGGGAUACCGGGAGGCAUAG